AUGAGCGGAAGAGUAUUCUUCUAUGCCGAACUUAAGGCAGCAACAAAGGAAUUCAAUUGUCGCAAUUUUUUAGGUCAAGGAGGUUUUGGGCAUGUCUACAAGGGAUUUUUGAAAUGUGGGCAACAAGUUGCUGUAAAACGGCUGGUCCUGAACGGAGAAGAGAAGCAGGACAAGGAAUCAAAUAAUUUGACACGAAGAUUGUUAUGCUGGGACGUCUCCGACAUCCCAAUUUGGUGUCGUUGGUGGGCUACUGCCAACAUGAAGAUGAAAGGCUGCUGGUGUACGAUUACAUGUCGGGCGGCCGCCUUGGAGAACAUAUUUUUGAUAAGGGAAAGAAUGUCGCUACGGAGCCGGAGCCGGAGCCGGAGCCGGAGCAAUGAGUGGGAGACUAUAGAUAAGGGAAAGAAUGUCGCUACGGAGCCAGAGACGGAGCCGGAGCAAUGA